AUGGAGUCAAUCAAAUCAAAACUGAUGAACGAUUUGGCCAAUGUUGCAGUCUGGUUGGAUGAAAAUGAUCUAAUUAUCAACUUAAAUGAAGGGAAAACCGAAGAAUUACUAUUUGGAACAGCUAAGCAUAUAUGCAAAUCAAACAAGUCUUUGUCUAUACCGUAUGGAAAUACAGUUAUUAAUCUCACAAAGAAAUACAAGUAUCCUGGUGUUGAAGUUAACUCCACAUUAAAUCUUAACACUCAUUUUGAUGCUUGUUUUAAAUGUGCAUCAACAAGGUUAUGUCUACUAUCCAAAAUUAGAGAUAAUUUAAAUGUGGACUCGGCGAGAACGAUUUAUCAGUCAAUGAUCACACCGCUUUUGACAUACUGUGGAAUUUUGAAUCUUAAAUUAAGGUCAACACAACUGCAUAAAUUAGCUUCUUUUCGGGAACGACCCACUAAAGUUAUUUUUAAGGAUUUUCGACCUGAUACAGAGCUCCCAUCAAUUAUGGAUUUAAGGAAGAAGCGUGCCUGUGAAAUAGUUAGAAGGACUUUAGAUGGCAAUAUCCCGGAGGCCUUAAUGGAUCAUUUUGUAAUUAAAGAUCAUGGACGUGAAACACAAAACCGAGGUUGUUUGAUAAACUUACCAACUAUAAAACUUGAAUAUGCACGAAGAGGAUUCUAUUUCAUGGGAGCUAAAUUAUAUAAUGAGCUGCCAUUGAAUAUUAGAUCUGCAACAAGUUCUGAAGAUUUUUAUAAACUAUUAAAACUUCAUUUCAGCUAA